AAGUUACGGGGGUGAUUGACAGUUGCUGUAGGUGCUGUUCACAGUCCUAUUUAUUUCUACAGCACCAAAUUUAAAGCAAUCAAGCUUUAAAUUUUUUUUUGAAACCACAGUUCUUGAAAUAAUCUACAGCUGUACAAGUGUUCUGCAGAGCCAAAUAUCCAAAGCAAUUUUUUAGUGCUUUCCAUAAAAUUCUACAGCAAUAAAAUUUAAUCCACAGCAAAAAAUUUACAGAUUUUUUUUUACAACAAAAAUUCUUAAGCUACAACAAUUACCAAUCGGACACAUCUAAAACAAAACUGAUAAUCUGAGAUCUUGUUGAUAUUUUGUUUUGUAAAGUAGCAUCUUAUUAAAGCCAGAAUUAACGGGUCAAUUUCAAGAUACCAUAUACGAUGUAAGACAAAUCCCAAAUACAGAUUUUUUUUUGAAUCUUGUUGAUUAACGCUGAUUCUUUUAGCAUUUUUGAAAUUAAGGUUUCAAAAGUAACGUAAUAUAUAAAUUAUUAUUUUUAUAAAUGCUGUCCAUAUCUGAAUCAUAACCUAAACCCAAAAUAAGGUGUUUACUUCUCUCUCUAAAAAAAAAGGGGUGUUUACCUUUUUUUUUUGUCACUGAAAAGGGUGUUUACCUUAAGUUAAGAGUCUAUACGAGAUUGCUGCCGUGUUUGAAACUAAUGAACAUCUUGCUGUUUUCUCGCACAACAUGCCGUUUUGUUGUUUUUUCUUUUACCCUAAAAUGCUACUACAUGCCUAUUUAGGGCAUCAUCUUAAUGCAAAGAGGAACAUUUUGAGUUGAAACGUCCCCAACAAUGUCUAACUCCAACGCCGUAGAGCCACCGAAAAAACACAUUACCCAUCCUCCUCCGCCACAUUCCCUUUCUUCAUUGCCUGAUGAUAUCGUUUUGAGUUGCUUGGCCCGCGUCCCAAGAUGCUAUCACCUAAACAUCUCAUGGGUCUCAAAACACCUAAAAGCCCUUGUCCGCUCUCCUGAGCUCAACCUCUUGCGAUCCACCCUCCCGAAGAGAUCCCUCCAUGUAUGUUUCGAAGAAGAAGAGGACCAUGAAGAUGACGAAAACCACUCAUCCUUCCACUGGUUUACUAUCAACGAAACAUCAACUACAGCUAGGACGAUGGAGUAUGGGUUAGUUCCGAACCCAACUCCUUUCCCUCCUCAUCCUAAGUACGGUUCUUCAACCGUGGCAGUGGGGUCAAAGAUGUUCUUCAUUGGUGGUUCUACAGAACCUUCCAAGGAUCUAUGGAUCCUUGAUACACGAUCGGGGAACAUGACUCAGGGACCAAGCAUGACCGUGGCUCGAAAACAGCCCAAAGCAGCUGUGGGAGUGAUCGAUGGGAAGAUAUACGUAAUCGGAGGUCGAGACUUCUCCUUCUCCAACGGAAGGUUUCAUGAAGAGGUCCAAGUUGAAGUUUUUGAUCCAGAGUCGGAGACUUGGGAGCUUGCGGGGCAGGAGAGGGUGCGUAAGUUUUCACGGUGUAGUGCCUCCGUGGAGGGGAAGGUUUUUAUGGUGGAGUACACGAGGACAAGUGUGUACAAUCCGAGAGAAGGUGAAGGAGAACGGAUGGUUCAUAUGGUAAGCAAAACACUCGCGGAAGGCGGAAGAAAGGAUAGGUUAAAAAAUGUUACGGUGGGUUGCGUGUGUGUGGUGGAGGAUGUUCUCUUUGCUUUCUUUAACCCGACUGGGUUGAUGUGGUUUGAUACAAAGCUUUACGUGUGGAGAAAAUUGGUUGGUCGUGAUGGGAAGGAACUACCCUUUAUCUUACGUGCGGAUGCCAUGGGGGAAUACGAGGGAAGGCUUGUGGUUUUGUAUAUGUUGGCUGAAAAGGAAGUUCAUAACCCCGUUGCCAAGAGUGUUCGGUGUAUGUUUGUCUCACUCGACAGAGCUGGAGACAUGAUUUGUGGGACGAUCGAUUGGUCUGGUAUUGUGGCUACUGUCCCAUUUUUGUUUCGUUUUCUUCAUUGUUUAGCUGUUUCCGAUUGACUGAUCACAGUAUUUGUGUCUUUGAAGCAAUUUAUUUGCAAACUAUAAAAGAUUUAUCGUGAAACCAAAUAAGGAAACAAACAUGUUU